AUGAACAGGCCUAUCCAGGUGAAGCCUGCGGACAGCGAGAGUCGAGGAGAAGACAGAAAACUCUUUGUGGGCAUGCUCAACAAGCAGCAGUCUGAAGACGAUGUGCGAUGUCUCUUCGAGUCCUUCGGCAGCAUUGAAGAGUGCACCAUCCUUAGAGGUCCUGAUGGAAACAGUAAAGGUUGUGCGUUUGUAAAGUACUCCUCUCACGCUGAAGCUCAGGCAGCUAUCAGUGCACUACACGGCAGCCAGACAAUGCCUGUGAGUUCAGUAUUCAAUAUGGGUGCAUCCUCAAGUCUGGUGGUGAAGUUUGCCGACACAGAUAAGGAGCGCACCAUCCGGCGCAUGCAGCAGAUGGCUGGUCAGAUGGGUAUUUUCAACCCCAUGGCCCUGCAGUUUGGGGCCUACGGGGCCUAUGCACAGACAAUCAUGCAGCAGCAGGCAGCAUUGAUGGCGUCAGUAGGGCAGGGGGGCUACCUCAGCCCCAUGGCAGCCUUCGCCGCCGCACAGAUGCAGCACAUGGCCACCAUCAACGGCCUCCCAGGGGGGCACAUGACCCCCACGUCAGGUGGCAGUACCCCCCCUGGUAUUGGCGCACCCACAGUGACCAGUAUCCCCUCGCCCAUCAGUGUGAAUGGUUUCGCUGGCAUGCCCCCCCAUCAGACCAAUGGGCAGCCCACUGCCGAAGCUGUGUAUACCAACGGGAUACACUCCUAUCCUGCUCAGAGUCCCACUGCAGCAGAUCACCUACAGCAGGCUUACACAGGAGUCCAGCAGUAUGCAGCAGCCUACCCUGCUGCAUAUGGCCAGAUCAGCCAGGCCUUUCCCCAGCCUCCUCCCAUCAUCCCACAGCAGCAGAGAGAAGGGCCGGAGGGCUGUAACCUGUUCAUCUACCACCUCCCUCAGGAGUUUGGGGAUGGCGAGCUGAUGCAGAUGUUCCUGCCUUUCGGUAAUGUCAUCUCCUCCAAAGUGUUUGUGGAUCGGGCGACAAACCAAAGUAAAUGCUUUGGAUUUGUGAGCUUUGACAACCCAGGUAGUGCCCAGGCUGCCAUCCAGUCAAUGAACGGCUUUCAGAUCGGCAUGAAGAGACUCAAGGUGCAGCUCAAGAGGCCGAAGGACGCCAACCGCCCCUACUAGCCACUCCUAGCCACCCCUGCCCUGGGGGAUAUAAGGCAGAUGCUGCACACAGGGAAACACAGGUUUUUGUUGAGCUGGAACAUAUGUUGAUUACAUGAACAACGCCAUUGAACUGAUGGAUCACCGGGACACAGGUAUUCUUUGAGACUGGUAUGAAACUGGAUCAGAUACUGGGCUGAACAUGAACAAAUAGAUGACCAAGUAACAGAAAAUUCUGUUGGAUGUACCUUUUGGACCUCAGAGAAAACUCCUGCAAGCCUGGGUAGCUCCGGGGCUCUAACUGUCUUUAUUGCCUCCCCUCCUCUCUCUCUACCUAACCACACCUGAACGACAGCUACCUUACAGGACCACAAGUGAGGAAUUAUUUAAAAAAAAACACGGAACAGAGAUGGAGGAAACAUGGAUAAUAAGAGUUCCAAGAAUUAAACAAACUUUGAAAAUACUUUAUGGGGGAAUGCCAUAGGAUAUCUCUAUGUAAAUGUGUUUGGGUAUGGGGAAACAACUUUUUAAAGAACAAUUUUACAGGACUAGAAACAAAUGAAAAAAUAUGUUUCUCGGAAGAAAGGGAACUUUGUAGGGAAAGCGAUAUUUCAUCUUUAGCUUGGAGUGCCUGUCUGUUUCCAGGGGACACCGUUGGCAAGGAGAGCCAGAGCAACGGUCUCCAGGGAGUCUUACCUGUCAUUCCUUAGUUGUUUUAGGGACCAAAAGACCAAACAUUUUUAUUGCUGAGGACUUGUAGCUCUAUUAAUAUACUCAGACCACUGUAUCUCUUUUAAAUCACUGUUAACCGAUUAAAGAGUUGCAUUUAAAAGGUGUACAGUGUGUGUGUAUAUAUAUAUAUAUAUAUAUACACACACACACACACAUAUAUAUAUACAUACACACAAUACAUGUAUACAUACAUAUAUAUUGCUGAUAUGCUUUUUGAAUACAGCCAAAACUAUUUCCGAUGCCGAUGGGGUCGCUCACUUCACUAGUUUACAAUUAACUAUUCAAAAUGUUAAUUUUUUCCCCCCUUCUCAUUUUCUCUUGAUGAAAUGGAGAGUGCAUGGGAAGGUUUGUUCCAUAUUGCAGCCUUACCUUUUCUAACAUGAAAUCCUAACCUCAUAGUUAAAACAACAUAAUAAUGUUUUGAAAUAUAUGAACUUGUUUAUAUUUGCAGUACAUAUACAGUACCAGUCAAAAGUUUGGACACACCUACUCACUGUAGGGUUUUUCUUUAU